CGAAAUUAUGCUUUUAUUUUUCUAAUAUUUUUACUGAGUAAGUAGAAAGUAAAAAGUUUUUGAGUGAGUUUAUAAAUGGUAAAUAGUAGAGGACAAAAAAGCAAGCGGCGAUAAUAGGACCAAUACAGUCAAUAUAUAGUAGACUUUCUGUGAAUUCUGAAUUGUAAUAGAGAGAGGUCAUUGCUCGCUUCUCACUGGUCUCCGACAGGCGACAACGAUCACACGGUUUUCCGAAUUCAGACAAAAAAAAACACAAAAAAACCAAAAAUAAAUAAAAUUUCACGUCAUCAAACAGUGUAGUGUUUGGUGCUCAUACUCUUAUAAAACGACGCAGUGUGUGUGGACCUAAAGUCUCUGGAGACAGAGACGAAGACAGAGGCAGAGAGAGAGAGAAUGGUGCUUCGCAUGGAAAUCGGGGGAGCGAUCGUAGUGUUUCUGAUGGCGGUGGCGAUGGAAUCGGAAGGUCGAGAGCUGCGGCCGUCGGAUCACGGACUCCUAUACCAGGGCUCGCCGCCGGCGAGCGCGAAGUCUCCGACGGAAGUGAAGUCUUUCUUCGUCGGGGGAGGAGGAGGAGGCGGAGGUGGGGGAGAAAAUUCGCCGACGGCAUUGCCGAAGGCGAUGAACUCGAGCGACUCGUCGUGGUGGAACGGCGUCGUCGCACGUGGCGGCGGCCACAGAGAUCACGUGAAGGAUGUGCUGUUGCUGGCCAGUUUGGUUUGUGGGAUUACAGGUGUCGCUCUGUUUGUGGCGUCUGCCUUUGUGUAUCUGUUAAGGAACCGAAAGCAUAAAUCAUUACCAUCAUCAGCGUCAUCAUGAGGUAAUGAUCUCUAUUAUAACAACUAGUGCUUCUCUGGAUUUCUGCUCCAUUUUUUUCUUUUUCAUUUUUAUGUUUUUCGUGAGUGUCAUGUGAAUAAGCUUAAGAGGUAGAUCCUAUAUGACAGAGGAUGCAGAGGUCCAAAUUUUUUUUUUCGUUUGCUAUUUGCUAAUCCACACAAUCUUCUCUUAUCUGGAUGUAAUCAAUUAGGAAGCAUUCUCUGUUCUAGAGAAAAUUCAUUUUUUUUCUUUUAUGAAUGAGGUGAAAAUACGAACUUCGGACCUCUUUCAACAUUAGAAAAAGAAAUAUUAUUUGACCAAAAACUAAUUGGUUUGUUUUAUAAAUGUUUUAAAGAAAAUUGUAUUAGUUGGCUUCUAUUUGUACUACUAUAAUUACAAUUAUCGUGAACUUGCGACUUUUUCUGUGUGACAAUAAUACUAUUUGUAAUA